GGCGUCUCUCCGCAUGCCCGAAAGGCAGCCGGGGCUGCAAGGGGCCGCCGCCGCCGCUCCUGCGUUGCUCGGCUCUCCCGACUCAGCCUCAGCCGCCGCCGACGCAGGAGGAGGAGGAGGAGGCGGCGGGGCCAUCUCCGCCCGCUCCUCCUGCUCCGCCGCUUGGGACGCUCUGCGGAUGGCCAGCCCGGCUCUGGCACAGCAGCCGCCGCCGCAGCCCCAACCUCAGCCCGCCCUGGCCGAAGCCCGGCGCUGGAUCGAGCAAGUCACUGGAAAAACUUUCGGCGAUAAACAUUUUCGAUCAGGACUAGAAAAUGGCGUGCUGCUGUGCGAGUUGUUGAAUUCCAUAUUGCCCGGAUCGGUCACAAAGAUCAACAGAUCGUCCACUCCCAUUGCAGGACUGGACAACAUUGCCUUGUUCUUAAGAGGUUGUAGGGAAGUGGGCCUGAAAGAAUCUCAGCUGUUUGACCCAGGAGACCUGCAGGAGACCACAGGCCGAACAACAACCAAGAAUCUUGAUGGUAGCAGAAAGCUGAAAAACGUUUUAGUCACCAUCUAUUGGCUGGGGAAAACUGCAAACAACAGCGCUCACUUUAACGGACCGCCACUGAAUCUGAAAGAAUUCGAAGGAUUGUUAACCCAGAUGAGAAAGGACACGGAAGACGUCGAGAGUCCAAAGCGCAGCAUCCGCGACAGCGGCUACGUAGAUUGCUGGGAUUCGGAGCGUAGCGAUUCUCUCUCCCCGCCGCGUCACGGCCGAGAUGAUUCCUUCGACAGUCUGGAUUCCUUCGGGUCCCGGUCCCAGCAGACCCCUUCUCCAGAUGUGGUGCUGAGAGGGAGCAGCGAUGGAAGAGGAAGCGAUUCGGAGUCUGACCUGCCGCAUCGGAAGCUGCCAGACGUGAAGAAGGAUGACAUGUCUGCCAGGCGGACAUCUUACAGCGAACCCAAAUCAGUCGUGCCUUUCAACCAGUACCUUCCCAAUAAAAGUAACCAGACUGCCUAUAUCCCGGCGCCACUCAGGAAGAAGAAAGCCGAACGAGAGGACUUCCGGAAGAGUUGGAGCACGAUGAGCUCUCCGCUAGGAGGAGAGAGACCUUUCAGCAAACAGCAUCCUGAAACCAUAGAAGAAGAACCCCUGGUGCCACUUGAUGGGGAUCUUGCGAGCAGCAGGAUGACCUCUUCCUGCCCCUCGGCGAAGCCUAUGCGGACAGACAUGGGUCCAAAGAACCCUUGGCCUCAGUUUCUCACCUGUUCUGAGAACCAAACAAUUGCGCCCCAAAACGAGGAAAAAGGUCCAGAGGAAAUCGGGAAGCUGAGAAGGUUGGAACAGGCUGGUAUUAAGGUCAGGCCAGCAGCUCAGCGCUGUGGCGGCAGUCCGAAACCUGCAAGUCAAGGGGACGAACUCACCCCGGACAUCGUCCUCCACCAGGAAAACCCUUUUAUGUGGUGGCGUCCGCAAAACGAUACGGGCUCUGAAGAGGACGAAGACGGUAGAAUUCCCGACCUAGAGAAAGACGAUUUUGCCGUGCGGAGAGCGAGGCUCAACCGCCGCGAAGCUGCCUUGCCAUUUACUCACUUCUUCCUCCCUCCUUCCGCCAAGAAAGAUCGGAAUCGAAGGGAAGAAAGAAAGAUACACACAAAAAAUCAGGAACGUCCCAGUGGGAAAAAGAUACUCGUGACUUCGGCCAAGCCAGAGAUGCCGGGGGAAGACCAACCAUCCUGGCAGGACGAAGGCAAAGCACAAAUUCCUGACAUACAGAGUCAUGGCCUGGCUAAGAAACCAACCCACGCUAGACCUUCUCAAGCAGCCUUUCUGAGUUGCGGGAAAGCGUCUAUCACCCCGAAAGAUAAAGAGAUCUGGGAUCGACUGAAGGUUUCAGGGGAAACGAGCGAAAUAUCAUUGCCCGAUUCAGAUGGGUGUAAGUCAUCAGUCCGGGAUGUUUGCGCUGAUGCCCAGCAGCAACGGUCCAGCAGUCUGAGUGAGUGGCAAGAAAAUAGUGAAGAAGAGUCAGAUGACCGGUUCCCAGAUCUUGAAAGAGAUGAUAUGAUGGUUAGAAGAUUCGGGACUUUUCCGAAACCGAUUAAUCCUCUUAUCCCGGCUAACCGUUUAGCGACUUGUAAUGCUCCAUUGAAGCGCCAAGGAAAUGUGGUUGGUCAGAGAGAGCCAAAACUUCAGCCAAAAGCAGAAAAACCAGAAAGAAAUCUCUCGCGGCUUUGCGCGGCCCAACCUGGUCAUGGAGCGCCUUCGUUUCUAAUAUCGAAAGAUCGCAAGGAGCAGAAAAACGCUACGGAGAGUGAGAAGGUGGCAUUUCAGAAUCCGGAGAAAGAGGAUCCGACGCUGAGAAGCAGCGAAGCUCUUUCAAGGCAGGCUGAAUCAAGCGUAUUUCAGUUAGUUCCUGUUUGUUUCUCCAAGCAAAACAAGAGGGAGGAAAAGUUUCUAAGGCCUGAACAGCAACUGAAGAGCGUCCUCGUGACAGUUUCAGUGGGAGCCGAGCAGUUUUGUGGGGAGCUGUCUCAAAGCCACGCAACGCAGCCCGCGUACACACCGGAACACAAGAGACGUAGCGCGGCAGGGUUAGCACAAGAGGACGUGCGUUCUGUUGUUGACCAGAAAAUAUCGGGGGCCCGUGUAAUCCCACCAGAGAGGCCGAAACAUCUGGAAAUAAAUAGCAAGCAACUUGCCACCGUAGAAGCUGGCCCUUUGCAAAUAUCCGGCUGCAGAACCCCUGUGUCUGAUGAUACAGAGAGCGUGAGCAUGUUCGACAUGAGGUGCCCAGACGAGGGCGCCGUGAAUCAACCUCACAGUAAAGAUCGCCAUGAGAAACUUCAGAUCGUUCACCACCAGCUGAAGGAAGACGAGGAUCAAUGGCAAGAUGAUUUAGCCCGGUGGAAAAACCGUCGGAGGAGCGCUUCUCAGGAUUUGUUGAAAAAAGAAGCCGAGAGGAAAAAGAUGGAGCAGUUACUCAUUGGAGGAGAGGGAAGCAACGAGAGACGGAAGAGCAUCAAGACGUACCGAGAGAUUGUGGAGGAGAAAGAGAAGCGUGAGAGAGAACUUCACGAAGCCUACAAGAAUGCCAGGUCUCAGGAAGAGGCAGAUAGGAUACUCCAACAUUACAUCGAGAGGUUCACCAUUAGCGAAGCGGUCCUCGAACGCUUGGAGAUGCCAAAACUUUUGGAAAGAAGCCAUUCUGUUGAGCCAAAUUCAUCCUCCCCAUCCAAGGACCCCAACCCCCUCCGAUAUUUACGGCAGCAGUCGCUCCCGCCCCCAAAAUUCACUGCCAAGUUUGAAGCCACCAUCAUCCCCACCAAUGGCUCUGAGGCCAGCACAUCCACCGGCUCCCCCACCUCAAGCAGACCCUCAGGCUCCAUGGCUAUGCCUCUGGUGACGCCCAAGCCUUACUCCCAGCCAAGAGAGACCCGGGAGAUUUUGAGAAACUUCAAGGUGGAUGGAAAGAUCUCCGUGAACGGAGAAGCGAGCAACGGCGUGGACGACGAACCAGACAAGGACUGCUCAGCCUUUCUCUUUGAACCUUCCCCCACCCUUUCCACCAAGUCUGACCACGUGGUCAAAUCACACGGGGGAUCCACGGAAGGGAGCACAAAUUCCACCACUCCUGAGCCGGUUCAGAAGAGUUUAAUCGAACAUGCUGUACACAGAGAGAAAGUUGACUCCUUCACGGAAGAAGUUGACACAGCCUGCCGAAAAGAUAGAACUGAAUUGAAAGAAAAGUUUCUGGUAGAUCCAGACCUCAUGGAACCCAGCGUGACGUUUUCCUGUGCCAACCUCCUGGCGGCCGACGUGGAGAUAUCUUCCUUCCACAAUCAUUCCAACGAAACGGAGUCACAUCCUGAGCUGAAUUCAACUCAGGAGGCGAAAGCCCUUGAAAGAGGAGAAGAGAAGGAGAAAGACGCUUCGGUUAGCCAGAAGGUCCAGAUAGAUACCUCGCAGGCUCCGAAACCAGGUGAAGACCUACCUAUUUCUCUUCUGAAGAAGCUCCCGGAGACAAACCACGGGGUUUUGCUGGAAACUCCCCUACAAGAUCAGAAAGCCGCCGCCGAGAACCGCGACGCAUCAAACCGUUCGACUUGUUGGUCUUGGGAUCCGGAGGAGGAACGGAGGCGCCAAGAACGGUGGCAGCAGGAACAGGAACGUCUACUUCAGGAAAAGUAUCAGAAAGAGCAGGAGAAGUUGAAAAAAGAGUGGGAAAAGGCUCAGAAGGAAGUUGAAGAAGAGGAACGCAAAUAUUACGAAGAGGAACGCAAGAUCCUUGAAGAUACUGUGGUUCCAUUCAUGUUGGCUUCAGGCUCUACAGAACCCUUGUCUACGUCGUCUUCUCUGACCGAUGGCAACAGGACUAUGAAUUUGAUUGAUCUAAGUUACUCGGAAGACGAUAAGAAACCAAACGAAGAGGCCAAACUGAAGUCGUUAUUCUAUGAACAAGAUGGCGCAAAUUAUAAGGAAUGCCAACCACGAGAGGAAAACACGAGCACCGUGAAUAAGGAAGAAUAUCCUGAAGGCCUGAAUUGGAGACAGAAAGAGCAAGUUCCCACCCCAGGAGACAAAUCACCCAAGGACAUGGCUUUGCCGUUACGUCCAGAAGUCCUGUGGAACCAGCCACUACCAGCAGACCGGAGCCCUGGCAUUUCAGACAUCAGACAGAAAGAUUCACCCGUGGGAUAUAAUUUAGGCCAGCCGGCCAGUUCCCCAAAAGAAGUUAAGAGGGCAGCUUCCCAAGGCAGCUCCGGAACUGGGCCAUCGUCACCACGUUCUCCCACCGUCCAAAGCCAAUCGUCUAACAGGUCCAUCAGUGGGAAGAAACUCUGCUCCAGCUGUGGACUCCCCCUCGGAAAAGGAGCCGCCAUGAUUAUUGAAAGCCUCGGUCUUUAUUUCCAUAUUCAGUGCUUCAGGGUAGGUGUCUCUCGACCAGGGGGCGGGUUGGACUAGAAGACCUCCAAGGUCCCUUCCAACUCUGUUAUUCUGUUCUGUUCUAUCUUUGCUCUUCCUGGCCAAAACCUAGCCAACCAAGAAGUCGCCUCUCAAUUAAAACUUUUACUAGUUUAUCAAAGUAUAAAAUACAAAGAAAAAAAACAUGGGAAAGUAAGGAGAGAGGAAGGGAAAAAGAAGGCGUUAAAAAAAAAAGGAAAAAGGCACUCACUUCCGACUCAAAGGUAACAUUACAACUACGACUUUUUUGCUUUUACACAGCAAUGUGUACAAGCCAUUUCUCUUAACAGCAAGCCUGUCUAAUUUACCAAAAAAAAAACCAAAACAGAAUCAACGUUUCAUUUUUAUUUUUUUCAUUUUUCAAACACACAAUCCGGAAGCAAUUUCGAACGAGAGACAAAAAUUAAAUAUAAUCUCUUAUUUUGGAUAAAAGAAACCUUUUAACCGUCUCGGCUUCCCUUGCUGU